AUGGUGAACUGCGCGCCGACGCGUCUCCUCUCCGCGCACGUGUCGCUCUCCCUAUACAACACCAAUCCCGGCGCUCCCGCCAACGCGCCGCCGGUUAAGUACCACCUCUCCGCAGGCACCAUCGCGCUCGCGUUCGUGCACGCGAUCUGCGGGCUGACGUGUCUCGCCGUGCUGUGCGCGUGGCUGGCACACGUCCUUAAAAUCUGGUUCCACACUGUUGUGCCCCUCACCUUCCACCUCCUCCUCACAGCGCUUCUCCCGGCGCUCGGCGCGCUCUUCUUCGCCCUGGCUGCACGUCUCUUCGUGCAGCAGUCCGCGGGAAGCAGCCCUGGGAUCGACUUUGCAGCAGAUGUUCUCCUCGUCGUGUUCAUGGCGCUGCUCCUAGCGGCGUUUUUCACCGGGAUUGGCAGCAUAGACCCGUACAUGUCCGAUCUGGAGCGCGCCGUGCUCUUCUUCGCGGUUCCUGCGGCAGUUGUUUCGCUGCUCGGACUCUCGCUCGUGUCCCUGGACAGCCUCAGCUUCGUUGUAAGCACCUCCGUUACAAGCAGCGCCAGCAGCAGCGCGGCAGUGACCGGAGGCAGCAUGUUGACGUCAUCUCUGCUUCCGGACACUCUCCCAUCGUUCACCGUCGUUAUCUCAGUCAUCCGCCCGCUCCUCUUCUUCCUCCUCGCAGCAGCAGUCGCAGUCAUCACUCUCCUCCUCUUCCUCGCCCUCCUCCUCUCCUGCCUCCAAUGCCUUGCCUCCCGUCGCCCCGGCGCCAACAGCAGCGGCGGGAACAGCGGCAUGAAACGCGUGGGUGGUGGUGGCAGCAGCUAUGCUCUAGACGACAGGGACACAGACGGUCCCUUGGAGAAAUUCUACGUGCAGGCGUGCGCGCUGCUGCUGCUCGCAGGAGCCGUGUCCGUUCUCCUGCGCUGGUGCCUGCCGUUCCGGCCGAGGGCAGAGCGAUCGGUGUACCAGCUGUUUGAUGAGAACGAUGUUAUGGAUGAGGAACUCAGUGAGCUGUAG